AUGAUACUUCAGGAUGAUGGCCCUGAAAAAUUGGACCCCAAAUAUUUUGGAGAGUUGCUUGCUGACCUAAGCCGUAAGAAUACAGAUCUCUAUCACUGCUUAUUAGAACAUUUGCAGAGAAUUGGAGGAAGCAGACAGGACAUUGAAUCUACAGAUAAAUCAGAAGACAUCGAAUCAUUGAUUCCUACAGGAUUAUCAGAGUUUACAAAACAGCAAAUUCGCUAUAUUCUGCAGAUGAGGGGUAUGUCAGAUAAGUCACUCCAUCUAGUGCUGUCCACAUUUAGCAAUAUACGAGAGGAGCUUGGACAUCUUCAAAAUGACUUGACAUUACUGAAAAUGACAAGAUAGACUGAGAAAGACUUGCAUUCAAGAAACACAAAUAAAAGAGUAUGAAGAACUCUCUGCAUCAGUGAGAGCAAAUAAUCGCCGCAGCAACAAGGACUUCAAGACUCAAGCUCCAAAUGUCAAACAUUGGAAGAAAAUAAUCUUUCUCUUCGACAUACACUAUCAGACAUGGAAUACAGACUGAAAGAACUGGAAUUUUGUAAACAUAAUUUAGAGCAAGAGAAUAAAAACCUUAGAAUGCAGGUUUCUGAGACUUGCACAGGCCCGAUGCUGCAGGCUAAAAUGGAUGAGAUUGGUAACCAUUAUAUGGAGAUGGUAAAAAACUUGAGACUAGAGAAAGAUAGAGAGAUCUGCAAGCUAAGG